UCGUAGUUACUUCAAUACUUGUACUACUACUACUAGGUUAGAACUUAAAAGCCUAACCAUAAAUUAUGCUUUAAUUAAUAAAUCCUAGAUUAAGUUAGUAUGAUAUUUUAUAUAGAACUUUAAACAUACAUGCACUAAACACGAAACUUUUAAAUUUUGAAGCUGUAUUGCCUUUACUAAUAUAACUAAUACUAAUAGUAACAUUAGUAUCAUAUUGUACUUGUAGUACUAGUACUAUUAUUUUAAUAUUAUACUUGUUAGCUAGAAUACUGUUAGUAGUAGAAUACUACCUGGAUCUGCUUCUGAGCUUAUACAGAAUGAUACUUGUGGAGAAAGUCUUGGAGGACUAAUCUGUAAAAGUAGCAUAUUUAGAAAAAGACAACAUUUCAAAAUAUUUCUGUCUUUUGUCUUUAGGCUCUUGAAUGAUCUAAAAUGUGGGACAAUUUAUUCUACCCGUUGUCUUCUGAAGUGGCACUUACAAAAACAGUUUUCAUGACUGUUCAUUAUCUAAAACCAUGUUCACUGUGAAACUGCAAAUUUUAUAAUACAUAUAAAAGGCAUGGCAUUUUUAUGCCCUCUUAGAAUACGGCGAGGUAAAAGAAAGAAAGAAGGAGACAAACUGCCUUCUAGAACACCUAGUAUUGGUCGUAUCACUGGAAGUGCUAGUAUUGAAACUUUAGUUCGAGUUGGAAUAGAGAAAGAAAAUGGACUAUCUCCAGAAUCUAAGAUGGUUGUGCUUCAUGACUUUACACCUUGUGUUGAUGAUGAACUAGAAGUCAGAAGAGGUCAAGUUGUUAAUGUACUAUAUCAAGAAAAUGACUGGGUGUAUGUAAUAGCUGAGAACAGCCAGGAAGGCUUUAUUCCUCAUUCUUACUGUGCACCACAACCAGCUGAACUAGCUUUAAAUUUGAAUCAUAAAAAACUUCCAAGACAUGAAACUGAAAUUGAUCAAAAUUCAUUGAGAGGGACUCUCUAUGGUGAAAGUGGGGGACAACAUUCUGAUGCAGAAAGUUUUAGUGGCAACCAUCAGAUUAAAAAAGAUGUAAGCAGUCUUGGUUUGCAAAAAUCACAGUCAUCAUCUCAAGUGUCUUUGCCUGAUGUACACCCAUUUUUUAAAGAUCCUGCUGGAAGGUACAUUGUUCUAUAUACGUUUAUAGCUAGAGAUGAAAAUGAUGUGAGUGUUGAGUGUGGUGAGUUUGUUACAGUUUUGAAUCGUGAAGAUCCAGAUUGGUUUUGGAUUGUUCGUUCUGAUGGUCAGGAAGGUUUUGUCCCAAGUGCUUUUGUCUACCCAGCUGAUGCCAUACAAGGUCAUGUAGGGCAACAAGUUGUCAAUCCUGCAGACCAAACACAUCUUCCACAGUCUAUGAACAACAAUAAUCAUCAUCAGUCUUCUGGAGUUUCUGAAGAUCUUAGGUUUCAUGGCAGUGAACUUGUCAUGUUAUAUGACUAUAAGGCACAAGCUCCUGAUGAUCUCAGUGUACGAAGGGGAGACUGGAUUUAUGCAGACUUGAACAACCAGACAGUGGACGGUUGGCUUUGGGCCUAUGCUCCCAAGACAAGAAAGUAUGGUUUUAUUCCUAAGGCUUAUGCAAGGCCUCCUGCUAUGACAUCAUUAUAGUUUGAUUGUUAACAAUAUCAAAAUACUAUAAGCUGUGGAAAAAAUAGAACUUGUGUUUUUAUGCGUGUAUGGUUUGUAUUUAUCAAGAGACUGUGAGUACAAAAACUUUUAACAUGUACACAAACCCAUGUAUAACUUGUUUGUUAUUGAAUGUUAUUCAAUAGAGGCUUAUGAAAAAAUAAUUCCACAUACACUGUAGAUGUUUGGAGAGUGUUAGUGUAAUACUAUUUGUUUAAUAGGAAAAAACAUUUUACUGUACAUUCAUACAUUAUUUGGAAAAUAACUUGCAUAAUAAAUUGAUGUAUUUAUAAAUAUUAAUUUUAUAGUUUCCUUCUACAUUCUAUUAAAUUAUAAAAAUGAGAAACUGAGAACUGAAUAUAACUAUAGUUAAUUUAGAAAUGACUAAUCUUCUAACUUGUACCAUCUAAUGAUAUCCAAUCCAACAUUCUGCUUCAGUGCUGGUUAAAUUUUGGAAUGCUUUGACACUGCACUAUGCUGUAAAUAUUGUAGGAAAAUGAGAAGUUUACCUUUUUGUUUCUAAUUAAAAAUUUAAUCUUACAUUAACUUUCUUAACAUAUGUGUAAAAAAUGUGAUCUUUCAUGUAUAUUUAGUAAUAUAUUGAAAAAUAGUUGAAAGUGAGACUGAAAGAAUAUUAAUUCUCAAGUUGAAUUGGUACAUGAAGUAUGUGUUUUAGGAUAUUUUAUCUGUUAUUUUCACUGAUUUUAUUGGCAAACUAAUUAGGGAAAAUAGAUGUUAAUAGAAUCUUCACUUUUUUUCUAUAAUUUAUAAUCAUCAACAUGUGCCAUUAAUAGGCUUCCAGUUUUAUUUUUUCUAAUUACUCCUCUUGACAUUUGAUGUUAAAAGGAAGUUUCACUGAGGUUAUUCUUGUGUAAAUAGAGCUUACUUGUUUGAUCAGUGCACUUUUGUGCACUGAAGUAUUGUUAAAUUUAAACUGCAAAAUAUUCAAACCCUCACUAAUGUUACUCUUACUUUACAAAGUAGUCAUUUUUUUCUUUUUGUUAAUCAAUUCUACAUGUUAGUAUGUACAGAAAAUGUUCUUGUUGCUCCUACAGAUAUAACUGCGUGAAAGAAACUUGUGUAUGAUAUUUACAGAAACACAUUGGAGUAUUUUUAUCAUACACUUCAGAACAUCAUGAUAUCACAGUUAUACAUACGUGCAGUCCUACCCAAAGGAAUGAGAUGUUUUUAUUUUUCAAAACACAUAAAACUGGGAAUAGUGAUCGAAGUUUCUGACAUUUGGUACCCCGUUGUGCACACGUAUGUUUCUUCUUAUUGUGUUAUGGUUAUUCCACUGAAUGUUUUGUGUGAUAUUCCAUAUGAUCUUUAUUUUCCUGAUUUAAUUCUGACAACUGUGAUGUAGUUUACAUUGUAAUAAUACAUUUUCAUGCAGGAAUCCUGUAAUUUCAUUUGAAAUUGUCACAAAUUUAGAUCUGCUUUUUUAAACUUGUGUGAAAUAUAUAAUGUGUACUAUACAAAGAUGUUACUAAUUAUAUACAUUCCAACUUGUACAUUGUAUUUCUAUAAAGUAGCUAGUAUGUUUCUAUGUUGUUUUAGUAGUUGUACAAAGGUAUUUUUUAAUCAAAUAAGUACUUAAAGGAAUGCUAGAAUUUGGUAUUUUGUUUGAAUGUAGGAUUAUAUUUAAUAUAAAGUGUACAUGAAAGUGUCCAUUUAUUUGUUUUUAUAAAGAUGAGAUGUUUUUUGUGUGCUUUUCUUUUUCAUUUAAGUCUUUUUUUGUUCAUAGUGUGCUUAUUCAUGAACUUGAAAGUUUGUGCUUUGAUAGUGAUAGGAUGAUUUUUCUUCAAUAUGAUAAAUACCCAGAGAAGCCCAAUAGUCAAACCAUUUCUUAUUAAAGACUGAACUAACUACCAUAAGAGCAAUGUGUUAUAAUUUUAUGCAACUAAUAAUGGUAUCAGGUAUAUUCAGUACUUCUUAUACUUUGUGAAAAAUAAUACUUAUAUAACAGUUGUUUGCUUUUUUUUUUUCUUUGUUCAUGAGAAAGAAUAACAAACACAAUUUGGUUCAUUGUUAGCCUCAAUUCUGGCUUUUGUGUAUGUUAGCUUUAAAAUAUAAAAAGGGUAUAUUAGUUACAGGUUUUUCUGUUCUUGACAGUUUCCUUGAAACUCUCAUUAGAAUUCAUUUGAAAAUAAAUUACAUACUUUAAGAAUAAGCAUGUAGAAAAAAUAUAUAUAUAUUUCAAACAUAAAACAAUCCUAUUAACUUUAUAUUGUUAAACAAAAAUCUUAUAAAUUAAAGUUCAGUCAUUUUACAAGAUGUUGAUGCUAUAAAAGGGCAUUUUUUGUAAUAUUUAAAAAAAUCUUUUAUUGGACUGGAUAUAGAUCAGUUUCACCAUAGGUUGGGUUUUAUAUCAACUAAGUUUUCACAUGUUGGUAUUAUUUUGUUUGUGCUUUUGUCAAACAUGUAAAAUUAAGGACUUCAUAAUAAAUCCUGCUGUUAAAUGUAUAGUGGACUGCCAGUCAGUUAUGUCAGCAGUUCAAUUUUUCUUCAUUUGAUCAAGUUUGUGCUCUCUUAAAAUAUAUUAGAUACAUAUUAAACUCAAAAUAUUUCAAAACUUCAUAUCUUUUGCAACAUAUGUGAAACAUGUGAGAGGAAUGGUGUUGAACAACUGAAAAAGCAGUCCUAACAUAAAUGUCUGAACACAGUGACUAAAAAUAAAACUUAAAUGUAUUGCCUGUAUUUUUAACUUCACUUUCAAAGUCUCAGAAAUUUUGUUUUGUUUUCAAUGCAGAUUAGUGUCUUUUUGCUCUCUGAAAGGAACUACUAUUUGUUGUAACAUGAUUGCUUUAUUAAUUGCUGGCACCUUUAAGCAGUGGAAGUGACUGAAACAACUGUUAUAUAUAUACAAUUUUGUGUAAUAUUGCAGAUAUGUAGGUUUACAAAGUUUCAGUUGGAGUACCAAUUUUUAUUGUAUCAGACUGUCAUUUGUGUUCAAUAGUUUGAGAAGCAUAGUAGCUUCUGUUUUUGUAUUUGGUUCAUAACUGUUGUUAGUAAUGAUAAUGCAAAAUAACAUACAAUGCUUUAUCAGAUUCAUAUGUUCCUCUGUAAAAUACUGUUUAAAUUCAUGCUGAGUCGGUAUGUUUUAAAAAUGUAUGAGAUUAAAAACAGAUUAUCAUUGUUAUUAUAUAACUAUAUAUAUUGUUAUUAAUUUUCAUGCUGUAAAGGAUUUGUUGCUACACUUUAAGGAAUAUAUUUUGUGAAUAUUUAAGAAAUGAAAAUAUAUUAUCAAAAAAUUUUCCGUAUAAAAACUAGUUUAGCAAAGAAUCCACAUAUCAUGAAAAUUUGACAAACUGUACUAGGAUACACAAUUUAGAAUUUUCUUUAUAAAUUCUGAGGUUGUAAGAGAAACAAAAAAAAGUACAAUCAUGUAAACAAAGAGUGUCAGAUUAAUACAUCAUCACAUAUAAUUGAGAUCUGUUUGAACCUGUAAGCUUUCAAAAACUUUUAAGAGCAUUUUCAACAGAUGGAAUACUUGACUGAACUAGUAGAAGAUUCUUUUGGAAUGUUUGUUUGCUUAUUGAGUGGGGUACAUGUAUUCUGCCUAAUGAACAUGUGAAGUAUUAAUUUUUUUUUUACCUGAAAUUUGUGAAAUAGUUAUUCUAUUAUUUAUGUAAUUAAUGCUGGGUUAUCAAUGUUUCCAAAUUAUAUAAGUCUUUGUAUCGCAUUAAUAUGUUCUAUGUAGAUUUUACUUCCAUCAAAUUACUGAGCUCUUGUUUGGUAUAGAUAAGAAAUUAUUCUAAUGUGUUGUUUUUUAUUGGAGAGUGCAAACUUAUAGCAUUUAGUAAAUGAUUAGUCACUCUCUCCUAAGAAAGUAUGAUAAUUUAAUAUCUUAGUAGUUUUAUACCUCAACUGGAAUAAAAUUUACAUUCAUAAAACAUGGUCUUUUGGCUGCUACAAGAUAAACUAUCAAACAACUUGUUACAUUCCAGAUUUUUGACAUACACAUAUAUAUACUGUAUAUAUAUAUAUUAUUUUUUUUUUAAGUGGUUUGU